AUGAUACGCAAGGUAGCUAUUACACUGGUCGUCUCGAUUUCGGCUGCUUUGACAGCGGCGGCAAGUAUCGAUAAGAGGAUUAUUGGCGGACAAGAUGCCAAGGAUGGUGAAUUUCCAUCUAUCGUUAGUAUUGGCAACUUUUGUGGAGGUGUUUUGUUAGACAGCUUUACUGUUCUUACUGCUGCUCAUUGUAUUGGUGGAAGCGACGGUUCCGUGGUGGCAGGAACAGUGCACCCUAGUAAGGGAGGAGUAACUGCAAAGGUUGCGUCGGCCAAGCGACAUCCUGAUUUCGGAGCGAAUGGCGUGCGAACAUCUAAUGACAUUGGCAUCUUGAAAUUAUCAACUCCAAUUGAAAAGAGCGAGGCGAUUGGUUAUGCGAUGCUGCCGGAGAACGGCUCGGAUCCCGUGGUGAAUUCCACUGCAGUGGCGGCAGGCUGGGGCGUGCAAAAGGCACCACUGUUUCUCGACUCUCCCUUCCGAGCUGGCACACUUGGCAAGGUUGUUGUUCCUGUUCAGCCACGCGAAUAUUGUUCCAGCACCGACCCAAACUGGGUUGCUACAGACAAAAUAGUGUGUGCUGGUGGAAAUGGCAAGAAUGUAUGCAGAGGGGACAGCGGCGGCCCUCUUUUCGACCAGGAGACGGGACAGAUAAUUGGUAUCGCGUCAUUCGUCGCGAGGGACCCAGGAUUUCAGUGGCCAACAAAGCUAACACCCUUUUGCAACCUGGCUCCCGCGGUGUAUACCAGUGUUAGCAAGCACCUAGCAUUUAUAAACGCAAAUCUCGGGGAACCUGGCUCUGGCUCCAAUCCUGGGACCCAGACAAGCGACCUGUCGGGCUCUAACAAGCUCGCGGAUCUGAGGCAUAGGGAGGAGGAGCUUUGCAAGGAUCUUGGCAAGAGCCUUGAUGAGUGCCGCCCUCAGGUUGCCGAGUGUGUUGUCCAAAGAGGCAAGCAGAUCAACAUAUUCCCAAACCGAAACAUCGCGUGGAAUGCCAUUAAGGAGUGCGUCAGCGGAUCCUCGGCUUAA